AAAAGUUCCCGGAAAAACUAUUGUAUAUUUUGUUUUUUGAUAUUCGAAUUCUUUUUUUUUGUGGAUUUUAAAUUAUCCGAUUACAUCAUGGAAAAUGAAUCCAGUAAAACUUUAAUAUCGAAUCCGGUAUUUGUUUCGAAUGAAAAAAUUUCCGUCAAAGAAUUUAUUGAAAAAUGGAAAAAUAAUCUGUCCGAAGAAUUAUCUUGGAUCGAUCAUAAGGAUGAUGAUCUAACUGAAAUGACUGUCAAUCAAUUGGAUAGACCAUUACAAUUUAUUAAAUCAUUAAAACGAAGUUUUAAUCUGGAUAAAUUUACCGAUACUUUAAUCAAAAAUAGUAAUCUUAACGUUGAAGUGGGAACAUCGGAAUCAAAAUUCGAUUCAAAUCGUCAUUCGAAAAAUAAAUAUCGUCAUAAAUGGUUGAAUAAAACGAUCAAUGUUAAUGAUAAACAUUCGGAUCAAUGUGAUCAUAAUAAUCCAUUAGCUUUAUUGACUGUACAGAUAUUUCGUCCUGCUUAUAAACAUUCAUCCAAAAUGAAACUACAAUUAGAUCGUGAAUAUGAAAUACUUUCCUGUCAAAAAUUAACCGUUUUACGUGAUUCUUAUUUCUGUCUAUCCGAUAUGAUACAUCAAUCGGAUUAUAGUGAAAAUCCUGACAAAUCAGUACCGAAAAAAAUGAAAUGUCAUGAAAAAACUGGCCUUUAUUUUAUCGAUGAUAUAUACUAUUAUGAUGAUCGUUUUGAAUUGGAAUCAUUUGAUACGAUUUUUGAAUGGUCAAAAACAUCAUCAGCAUCAUCAUCAUCAAAAAAAUCCACUGGCUUUACAAAAAAAUCAAUGAACGAAACACGUUUCGAAGAUUUAAAUAUUCGUCUUGGCUAUCCAUAUCUUUAUAUACAUCGUAAUAAUUGUGAACAUUUACUUGUAUUCACUGAUAUUCGUUUGUUUAUACCGAAAAUCGAACAAAAUAUUGUUGAUGAUUAUCCUAAAUUUACAAUAAUGGAAAAUCUUAUAUCGAUUAAAUGUCAAAUGUGUCAAUUAUAUUCAUCUAAAUGGAUAACAAUGGAUAAUAAACGUUUACCAUUAUCACCAUAUUAUUUUUGUCAUAAUUGUUUUGUUACAUUUAAUUAUGAUCAAGAUUUGAAAAAAAUUGGUUCAUUUCGUGCAUUUCCAUUACUUUGGGAUAUUAAUUAAUCAAUCAAUUGAUAAUGCCAUUUUAAAACCAAACAAAACAAAGAUUACAAUU